CGGGUUCCUUAGAAUAAUCAAGGUGUUGAAAUUGGCAUGGUUUGAAAGUGAAACGCGAAAUUCACUAUUUAGAGUUCCCAAUAUAAUCAAUCAUCUAUUAGUACACGCUACUUCAUUUAAUUAUUCAGUCUUCAUCUUCCUUUUGUUGUUCGUUCCUAAUCCUGCACCUCAAGUAAUAUUUUCUCAUCUUAGCUAGGUAGCUAGGAAGAAUGAAGGCUGUGCCUCUUGAGCCUUUCAUUUUCAUUCUGUUUGUGAUCUCAACCACUGUUCCAACUUGUCUCUGUGAGGAUGAUAGUCGUUACACGACCUGUAGUAACGCUUUCAGGUGCGGAAGUAGUGUCACAAAUCUCAAGUACCCAUUCUGGGGACGAAACAGAGAUAAGUAUUGUGGUUCACAGGAGCUCACAUGCGAAGAGAAUGUCCCCAAGAUAACCAUCCAUGACAUCAAAUAUCGUAUUCUUCAUUGGGAUGAUGCAAAGACACUCACAGUUGCUAGGGACGAUUGGAGUAACAUCUGUGUGGCGGGUGGUUACAAGAACAUCACAUUUGAUAAUACUCCCUUUCAAUAUGAUUCUGAUGUGCUUUUUAACUUGACGCUGUAUUAUGAGUGCCCUUCAAGUUCAAACCCCAAUAGCAUCACGAAUCCGUAUAGUACUGGCUGUGGAAAUGAUGUCUACUACACUUUCGGACCUUUCCCUUAUUCGUAUACUGGGCCAUGCAAGAUUGUGGUCAUUCCUAUUUCUCAAAACAUCACUUCACUUGUGUCUGCCGAUUCCAAUGCAAUAAUAAACACAGCACUGAAUGACGGUUUUGGAUUGGAGUGGACGGGAAAUCAGGAUCAGUGCAAAACUUGUACUGAUUCUGAUGGAGAGUGUGGCUUCGAUGCUGCAAAAUUCCAAUGUUUCUGCAAGGAUGGACCUCAAAAUGCUUCGUGUCCACACUCAGGUAUUUCUUCAUUUCAAUGUGCAAAUCUCAAAAAUCUGAGUUAUCCUUUCUGGGGAUCUAGUAGACCACAAUACUGUGGCCACCCUGCAUUUAAGCUACAAUGCACAGGUGAAGUAGCAAUGAUUACCAUUAUGUCAGAGAGUUACAAACUUCUUGAAGUCAAUCACUCUGAUCAUAGACUCAGAGUUGUAAGAAAUGAUUACUGGAACAGCACUUGUCCAACUAGCCUCAGGAACAUCACUUUAGGUUGCACUUUCUUUGAUUAUGGUUCAGAUUCUCAGAACCUGUCUCUCUACUAUGAUUGUCCAACCCCUCCAUUUCCUCAGCCAGGUAGCUUUUCCCCUCGGUUUAAUUGCAGUGUAAAUGCAACUCAAAUGAUUAACUAUUUUGUGGUGGAGAGCAUGCUUGAAAAUGCUGAGUCAAGUGAAAUACUUGGAGCAUGCAAAUCUAGAGUCGCUGUUCCAAUUUUGGAGUCAGAAGCUGAAGUUCUAGAAACAAAUUCAACAGUGGAAAAUCUUAAGGUCGCUGUUGAUAAUGGUUUUAACGUGGAGUGGAAUGCAAACAAUAGUUUGUGUGAUGAAUGCCAAAACUCUGGUGGCCAUUGUGGUUAUAACCCAAGCUCAAGUCAAUUUGCUUGCUAUUGCAAGGAUGGAUCUUUUCCAUCUUCAUGUAAAUCAGGUGAUGAACAACAAACUAUGUUGUCCCUCUUGUCCACCACCACCAUCAUAACCAUCCUCAUCCUCUCUCUCCACCACACAACAUCGUUGCCACCCCAUGCAACACUCUCUACCUGCCACGUCACCACCUUCAACUGCGGCACCAUCACCAACCUCUCCUACCCUUUCACCGGCGGUGACCGCCCCUCCUUCUGCGGGCCACCACAGUUCCGUUUAAACUGCCAAAACGGCGUCGUCCCCGAGUUGAACAUCUCAUCAGUGAGUUACCGAGUCAUUCGUGUCAACUCAGCGGCUCAAACACUCACCUUAGCUAGAGUAGACCUUUGGAACGAGACAUGCAUGCAUGUGUACGUUAACUCAACUUUCGAUGUCCCCAUCUUUAGCUACGAUUCGGGGAACCAGAACCUUACCUUGUUUUACGAGUGCUUACCCUCUUCAGCGUUCUCCAAACCGCCAGAAAAUUUGUUUCACUGCGAGAGAAACGGGAAUAAGAAUAACUCUUAUUCUUUGGUUGGUCCGUUACCUUUGGACCCGAUUCUUGGCGUUGUUGAGUGCGAUGAACGUGUUGAGGUGGCGAUUCUUGAAGAGCAGGCUGAGAGGCUCGUGAGUAACCGGUCUUUGCUUGGGGAGGUUUUGAUGAAGGGGUUUAAUGUGAAGUAUACGGAUCCUUAUGACAGUGAGUGCGAUGAGUGUCGUGGCCAUGGAGGCCAGUGUGGGUUUGAUGAUGAUAACAAUGAACACAUUUGUAUUUGUGGGGAUCAGUUGUGUCCAUCUUCAGGUAAAUCUAACAAAGGUGUUUCAAUAGGUGCUGGUGUAGGAGGAGCUGUAAUCCUUGUUGUCAUUCUUGGAUGUGUGUUCUUUAUGAUGAAAAGAAGGAGAAAAAUUGCGUAUAAUAAAUCAAGAAGUGGGGACCUUUUCAUGGCUCCUUCAAGUGCAGACACUUUUACAUCUACAACGAUCACGUCUCAAACUCAAAGUGUCUCUUCUUACCAAUCUUCCAAGUCUAACAUAGUGCCUCCCAGGAGUUACUACUUUGGUGUCCAGGUCUUUACCUAUGAAGAACUAGAGGAAGCUACCAAAAACUUUGACACUUCUAGAGAACUUGGCGAGGGAGGUUUUGGCACUGUUUACCUAGGUGAACUCAAAGAUGGGCGUACAGUUGCGGUGAAACGCCUUUAUGAAAGCAACUUCAAACGUAUGGAACAGUUCAUGAAUGAAGUUGAGAUUCUAGCCCGUAUAAGGCACAAGAACCUUGUGACACUCUAUGGAUGCACCUCUAGACACAGCAGAGAACUUCUCCUUGUUUAUGAGUUCAUACCUAAUGGAACAGUGGCUGAUCAUCUUCAAGGGGAAAGAUCAAAAUCAAAUCUACUCCCUUGGCCUAUAAGGUUGAACAUUGCAGUCGAAACAGCCGAGGCUCUAGCCUACCUACAUUCAAAAGAUGUCAUACACCGUGAUGUUAAAACCAACAACAUUCUCCUGGAUGACAAAUUUUGCGUCAAGGUUGCAGAUUUUGGUCUCUCAAGGUUGUUCCCAAACCAUGUCACUCAUGUAUCAACAGCUCCACAGGGAACACCUGGUUAUGUUGAUCCUGAGUAUUACCGGUGCUACCAACUCACUGAUAAAAGUGAUGUUUAUAGCUUUGGAGUGGUCUUGAUUGAGCUCAUAUCAUCAUUGCAAGCUGUGGACAUCAACCGACAUCGCAAUGAUGUGAACUUAGCAAACAUGGCUGUCAAUAAGAUUCAGAACCAGGAACUGCAUGAGUUGGUUGAUCCUUAUCUUGGGUUUGAAAGGGAUCAUGCUAUGAGGAGGAUGACAACAGCAGUGGCAGAAUUGGCCUUUAGGUGUUUGCAGCAGGAAAGAGAGAUGAGACCCUCAAUGGAUGAGGUGGUGGAUGUCUUGAGAGGGAUCAAGAGUGGUGAUCUUGGUGAAGGGAAAGAUGUAGAAGUAUUGGAAAUUAGGACAGAUGAAGUUAGACUUUUGAAGAAGGUUCCUUCCUCAGUUUCACCAGAUUCAGUUGUUGAUAAAUGGGUCAGUGGCUCCUCUGUAUCUAACUCCUCAUAGAUUCUAAGAUUUCCUUUUCUUUUGGUGAAGAUCUAGAUUAGAUAGUAAAACUACUGUUACUGUACUCGUGUCAAUGAGCUAGUUUAGAAGUCAUAGCCUUCACAUCUCUAUUUUCUCCAAAAGCAUCUGAUUUGUAAUUUUAUUUGCGGCUUGUUUGUUAUGAUGAUAAUAGUAGUUAUGACGUGAAUUCAUUGUUGAUUCAAAAAAUGUAAUACGCAUAGGGGAGAGAAAAAUAAUAUAUAUUUGUGGUGUAAAUAUUCAUACAUAUGUUACUCGUUUUGAUAUACUUUUGAAAAUA